AUGGCUUCGUUAAAUCUCUCUACAAACGGCCCCUCGAUCAAGAGCAGUUACCAGGGAGUUGUCAAUGCACCGCCUCCGCCUUCAGGAAGUUCUUCUACAUACGGUCAAUGGGCCUUGUUCUACGUACAAGCCCCUCUAGCCAAUGUUUUCCAAGAUACCGGGAACAAAGAAAGUGUUCUGAAAGUUCAGUCAACCGGCUCUGGUGAGCUAGAAGAUCUUAUUGAGGACUUCAGCGAAGGUCGUAUCCAAUUCGCUUUCCUUAAGGUUAAGGAUCCGAAUACAGGUCUGCCUAAAUAUGCUCUAAUUGCAUGGUGCGGCGGAGGUGUUCCCGAGAGGACUAAAGGCUACUUCACGAGUCAUUUAAAUGCUGUUUCUAAAGUUCUUCACGGAUACCAUGUUCAAAUCACAGCUCGUUCCGAUACCGACCUCGAACCCGCAAAUAUCCUCCAGAAAAUCUCUGAUGCGUCUGGUGCCAAGUAUACAGCCGGUGGAAGUGCACCCGUGCAGACUGGGGGAGGACCCCCUCCAGUGAAGUCGAAGCCUGUAUUCUCUACAACUUCGAACUCGUCUAGUAACCCCAUAGUCGCCGCACGAAACGCAAGCCUGCGAAAAACAAAUGACGACGGCUGGGGGGAUGCACCGCAGGUUUCGCGGACCGAGCUUGAAAAGGUGGAAUCGGCAUAUAAGCCAACCAAGGUCAACAUAGCCGAGUUGACAGGCCAGAAACAAGAGCCCUCGAGGUUUAACGGCUCAAGCCAACAAGAUGACAGGCCUAGGGAUACAAUCGGGGGAGGGUACCAACCCGUUGGGAAGGUCGACAUCGCUGCCAUUCGAGCUGCAGCAAGGAACAAGCAAGACGAUCGACCGAUACCGGUCAAGGGUGCUUAUGAGCCGGUAGGCAAGGUUGACAUUGCUGCGAUCCGAGCUAAGGCACAGAAGCCAGGGGAACCUGAACCUGCACCUGCACCUGCACCUGCACCUGAACCUGAAGAACCACCGAAGUCUCUAGCAGAACGAACUGCAGCGUUUAAGCAAGCCGAGCGUAUUACGGAGCUUCCCAAGCCUAAAGUUGCGAAGAAAUGGGGUGGCGCAUCUACAUUUACAGGCACUAAGGCGCCUACUCCUGGCGCAUUGGGUUUGGGUAGCCCUUCGCCAACGCCCGUCGCUCCUCCGGUGGGAUCUGCUAGUCGAACCUUCGCGGAUCAAGGAGGCAAGACGCCAGCUCAGAUUUGGGCCGAGAAGAAGGCACAGCAAGGCUCUAUUUCUGGAAUCAACAAUCCUCCAGCGUCCCCUGUCGCAGCGCAGAAGAGCGGGGGAGGUGGUUGGCAGAGCAGUUACAAGGGGAAAAGCUGGGCACCGGUCCAGACGGGAUCAUAUGGCCGUAGUCUUACGGGGCAAAAGACUGGCGAGACCGAGACUAGCCAAGAGGCACCGGCAUCUCCAGCGGGAAGCGUUGGUGCCAUACGCGAUCGUUUCAAAGAGACAACUCAGAUUAUCUCACCCGCACCAUCUGCUCCGAAGAUUCCAUCACCUGCUGAAGACAAUGAGCGUGCGCCACCUCCGCCUCCUUUGGCCUCCCGGCCUUCGGACGGAGCACCUACCGGUGGUUUUGCGCUUCCUGGUAUGCCUCCACGCCCGCCUCCAGUCGCGGAUGAGGAUGAGGAGCUCGAACGAGAACAAGAACGGGAACACGAGCGAGAACCGUCACCUAUUCGCAUGGCAGUACCUGUCCCUCGUGGACCUGAGCCUGAGAUUGAGCCAGUGCACGAACCUCCUCGAUCGCUUCCUGUACGACCUAUCGAGCAAGAACUCCCUAGGGAAGAAGAACUACCAGCGGAAGAGGAGACUCACGAUCCUCGCGCGGCUGCCACGGCCGUUGCUGAAUCCCAGUUUGGCCACGAGCAAGUGGCAGAAGCACCAGCGGCUUCGAGCGGAGGCAAACGUGCUCUGAUCCAAUAUGAUUACGAGAAGGCUGAAGAUAACGAAUUAGAACUCCGCGAAGGCGAGUACGUCACUAAUAUUGAAAUGGUUGACGAGGACUGGUGGAUGGGUACCAACUCUCGAGGCGAGACGGGCCUGUUCCCCAGUAACUACGUUGAAGUUGUCGAUGAUGAGUCGGAGGAACCAGCACCGGCACCUACAGCCAGCCAUGAAGCACCCCCGCCUGUGCCGGCUGCCGAGGCUGAACCCGAGCCAGCAGCGGGUGCCGGACAUACAGCUACAGCUCAGUUUGACUACGAAGCUGCUGAAGACAACGAACUAAGCUUCCCCGAGGGGGCUACGAUUACUAACUUGGAAUUCCCCGACGAGGAUUGGUGGUUCGGCCAUUACAAAGGGGAUUCGGGUUUAUUCCCUGCCAACUAUGUGCAGCUAGACGGGCAGUAA